UUGGCACAACGGCUUGCCGUACUGACGUAUGACAACUUUCACAUUCUGGUAAAAAUGGCGUCGUCCUGCGUGCGAGUUGUUGGAUCGAUUUUAGGAAAAUGUGCAAACUGUAGCGCGAUUAUAAGCCCAGUCACAUUGCAGUUAUUUCGACAGGUCUGCAUGAGCUCUGCGCUCCACAGGAAGAACCUAGCGGCAGCGGGACCUGAGCAGUUCACAGCGGAGUUCGUCAAAAAGCAGAUAGAUGAGUUCGAAGUGGGGAAGCGGCACUUGGCCAAUAUGAUGGGAGAAGAUCCUGAGAACUUCUCCCAGGAAGACAUAGACAGGAGCAUUGCUUACCUCUUCCCCUCCGGCCUGUUUGAGAAGAAGGCUCGGCCGCUCAUGAAGCAUCCUGAUGAAAUCUUCCCGAAGCAGAGAGCUGUGCAGUGGGGAGCAGAUGGGAGACCUUUCCACUUCCUGUUUUACACUGGAAAGCAGUCCUACUACUUCCUCAUGCAUGAGCUGUACGGUAAAUUGCUGAACGUAGAAAAGCACCAAGAUCGCCUGAGAGCCAAGGGGCUCUUCUCCAGUGACGCCAAUUCGAUGUCUCUAGGAAUGAGCAGGUGGUUCACCAAGGAGGAGCUGGAAGUGUCCUUAGUGGAGACCAUCUCCACUCAUGAUUAUACUCAUUUUGUUCAGCUGAUGGAGCGCCUGCUGUCCAUGCCCUACUGCAGUCUGGAGCAGCAGUUCAUCCUGCAGUACCGCCGGCAGCUGGAGGCUCAGUCCAUGCAUCAGAUUGUGCAGCCUCUGCAGCAGGACGAGAAGGGCGUGGCCUACAGCUCUGCAGAAGGCCUGAGGAAGACGUCCAGAUCGUCGGUUGUUCUGCGCGACUGCGGCUCAGGACGAGUCACCGUCAACGGCCAGGACUGCCACCACUACUUCUCCGUGCUCCAGGACAGAGAGCAGCUGAUGUUCCCGCUCCAGUUCAUGGGCGUGCUGGGCCGCUUUGACCUCAAGUGCACCGUGAGCGGCGGCGGCAGGUCGAGCCAGGCGGGGGCGCUGCGGCUCGCCAUCUCUCGAGCGCUGCUGAGCUUCCUGUCUGAGAAAGAAGGAGAGGCCAUGAGACAAGCUGGUUUGUUAACGCCCGACCCCCGAGUGAGGGAAAGGAAGAAGCCGGGUCAGGAGGGAGCACGACGCAAGUAUACCUGGAAGAAACGCUGAAGAUAAAGGUCUCAUCUGGCCUAACGAGGGCACUGUUGGAGCCAGAGGAGCUUCUUGUUCUUGUGUGCAUUUUCAACACGCUGGAAGAAUCAGGAGCUGCAGUGACCUUCAUCAGCCACCAGAUGGAGAUGUGGUGAAAACCAUAAAGAGACUGUACUAUGUUUGUGUAAAUUAAUAAAGUUAAGCUUUUCAUUA